AGUUAUUUAAUUAAUUGUUUAUAUUAUAGCUUACUAUUUUAACAGGGCACACAACUACUUAUGUAAUGCAAAACUAAGAACAAAAGGUUUAUGAUUAUUUGAUAAAAAAUGUCAACUCUAGCACUCGAGAAGAAGCAGAAAUUGGCGGCAAAUAUUUGUUGGUUUUUGGUUGCCGAAAGUGGUUGAUUUUCCACGAGUCGAGUCCUUGCGGCAUACCGGUACUGUCCUGUCCCCAUGGCUUCUUUAUUCGGUGACGAUGGGGUUGAUGACUUGUUCAAUGACAACGUGUGCGCGGACAACGACCAAUUGCCCAGCGAUGGCGAGGGCGAGAAGCUAUUUGCCGACGACGAUGAAAACAAUGAAAACGCAGAUGAAAAUCCGGAGGGUGCUGCUGGCGUCGAAGUGGAGCCCAAGAAGCGUGCGGUGCGCAAUACAAGGCCGCGUCUCACAGUGGACACCCUGCGUGGCCCUCGCGGUAUACACACCAUCGAGAAUUACUUCAAGGAUGUCAAACUGAAGGGCAGGGGCCACGAGAAGUCCGAUCUGGAUGAGGUGUUGCGCCGCCUGCAGCACUGGGGACACCGCAUGUACCCCACCUACACAUUCGACGACGUCCUCAACAACAUAGAGCGGCUGGGCAAGAAGAAGCCCCUGCAAGUGCACAUGACACGCUAUCGUCUGGGGCAACUAGAGGAUUUGAUCAUGCAGGAAGCGGACGUCGUAGACGAGGGACAGGACGAGCAGAACGAUGGUGCUGCCGAUGAGCCCUUUGACGAGUUCGAUGCCCUGCUGGGCGAGCAGAUAGCCAUGUCCAAGCUGGCACCACCACGCACCCCUGCAGCCACGUUUCAGAGAACCAAUUUGUCCAGCACAGGCACAAGCACAGGCAGUACUCUGGUCACUCCAGCCUUCUCCCGCCAUGCAGUUGUAUCCACACCCUACUCGGUGGUGAAUGGUCCCAGCUUUGAUAGACAUGGUGCGCCUGUGGAUGCGCACGAUAUGAGUGACUAUGGUCAGCCCUUGCCGCCCUCGCAGCCAGCAACGCCAGCGGCCAAGAAACUGUCCGCGGAUCAAAUGGCUCGCAUAGCAGAGAAUCGAAGGCUGGCACAGGAGCGGCUGCUGGCCAAGAAACAAGAGCAGCAGCAGCACGAGUCGCAGAGUUAAAGAUACCCAUAAAUUACGUGUAAAAAUUAAGCAUUUUUAUUCAAGGGGAAAUAAAUUAAGAUUCGUGUGUAAGAAAGCUACAAUAUAUGUGCGUAUUUAC